ACAGUAUGUAAUACAUAUACACAAUGCCUUGCGAUUCGCAGGCGAGCUUUACUAUCAAACAUAUAAAAGAUUUUUCUCUAGAAUUUCAUUAUAGGGAAAAAAAAGAUGAACAAUAUAAAGGAACAAAAAAUUUGCCUCUUGUGCAAUGUUAAAAUAGAUUUAAUUAACGAAUUUGUUAGGAUUAGUGAUAAUUUUAUCAAAAUAGACUCGACAUACACGCCAUUUCAUGAGAUUUUGCGAGAUAUCUUAAGCUUUGAUGAGUUAAAUAAUCAAAUUAUAUCAUCAGCUGUGUGCAAGAUCUGUCAUAGUCGAGUUUUGGAUUUUUACAAUUUUAAAAUUAAAUGUAAAGCGAAUAUCACAGUGCAAUUUGAAAAAAUCGAUGAUUCACCAAAAGAACUUGACGAGAAUCGUCUAUGUGACAAUUCUAUCGUUUUUACGACCGUACAAAUAGUUAAAAAUUAUAUUAAGAAAUAUUCAGUGCAAGAAAUUAAAGAAAAUGAAAGUACGAAGGAAUUAGUUAUAAGACCAAGAGAGAAAUCGAAUGAAGAUGAGCAAGUUUCGUCUUCAACAUCCAUAAAUGCAUUCCAAGGUCAAGAAAAUAAUUCAAGUAUUAAAGAUGAGCCAGUGGAUGUUAAUAAUAAGGCCGAGAAUGUUGAGGUCAAAAUAGAGCCGAUGGAAAUAAAGGAAGAAGGCUUACCCGGCGAUAUUUUAGGAAUCGACAUUGAUGAGUUUACGUCUCAGGAAGAAAAUACAAGCUCAUCAAGUGAUAAUUACUUGUAUAAGCUCCCAGCCUUUCAAGAGAAUCGUAUAUUUGACGGAAAUCGUUUUGUAUCACGUUCUGAAAUUAUUCAAAGGAAGUCAUCAAAGGAGCAGCACAAGAAAAGAGCUAGACGGCCUGACUUAUGGGCUGCAACAGUUCAAAAGAAACUUCGCACUCUUGGACAACCUUAUCGAUCAGUUAAGGGAUAUCUAGUGGCUGCAAAGACAGUUGGACCACCGUGCAACUGCAAAAAAGACUGCUCGAAUAAAGUCAAUGAAAGUAAUCGAUCAUUAAAUUUUAAAGAGUACUGGCGACUCGAAUGCAUUAACGAAAAGAAAAAGUUCAUAUUAAAUCACAUUAAGCUCGUUCGUCCGCAACGAGCUUUAACUAAAAACCGUGCAUAUUCACGUAUUAUGCAUCAUUUUCUCGAUGUUUUAAAUUAUGACGGAUCAUCAGAACAAAUCAAAGUCUGCAAGAAAAUGUUCUGUCAAACUCUCAAUAUCUCAAAUUCAGUCAUUACAAACGCGUUCAAAAUUAAGGAUCAGUAUUUAGACAUAGAUAAAUGCUAAUGAGAAAUGUACUAUAGGAAAGACGACCACUUAAAUACAACAAUUUUUAAGGGCAUUACAAAAAGAUUUGCUUAUUAUUUAUAUUUUAAGUGUAUAAUUAAUUAAUAGUUUAGUGUACUUUUUAAUAAAUAAAACAA